GUUUUUUAUUUUCACAACUAAUGUGACAACACUUGCACAGAGUUUUUGUGUGUUUUUUAAUUAUUUGAGCUAAAGAGCUGAUCCAAUGUUAGUUUGUUAACCAACAAACAAAAGUGCAAUAGUUUUGUUUUAACUGUUAGUUUCAAAAUGUGUUCAUUAAUUAAUUUCAUAGACAAUCAAAACUUAUUAAUCAAAAGUCGCCGAAAAGCCAUCAAAAGUUUGCACCUAUUUUUGGACUCAUUAGAUGAACAAUUGGCCGCCGAUGAUGAUGAUGACGAUACUGAUGGUCAUCAUCAUCGUCAUCAUCAUCAUACUGAUGGUCAGCGACAAGUGAUGUUUCGAGAAACUGAUGAGACAACAAAUGAAGAGAAAAUCAAACCAACAAAAGAGAUCCCAAGACCACUAUCUCAACAAUCAACUGAUUUGAUGUUUGACGACAAAGGCUUAUGGUUAACAUCGGCGGCGAAGAGUGAGUUAAGACGCCAACAGUUGGCUGAAGAGCGACGACAGGAUUACAAAGAAUUUCUGGAAGAGAAAGCCGAAAAGGAAAAGGAAAUAAAACGAUCGAAAAGAAACAUAAAAUUGGAUUUAUCGGUGAAUUACAAUGAAUUGUUGAAUGAGAAGAAAAUCGAUGAACAAAAAUAUCGACAAUUAACGGGAAUGAAUGAUAUGAACUUAGAAGAUGAUGGGAUGAGAAUACAAGUGGACAAACAAGGAUAUUGUGUGCCGCCGAUGAUUGGUUCAGUACCGAUGAGCUGUUCGAACAACAAGUUUGAUCCCGAAUACAUUACACCGAGAAGUCGACUGUUGGCCACACAUUCGUCGCGAUUAAAGGCAAUGAAAUACAGGGAAGAGUUGCGCAAACAGUGCGAAGAAAAUAAGAAACUCAAAGAACAGGAAAAACAACGAAUUCUAGAUGAAGACAAAGAUAUGGAACAGAAAAUCGAUGCCCAAAGACAGAAACUGUUGGCCGAAUUUCAGGCCGAACAGAGGGCUUUUCGAGAUAAACAACAACAAGAACGGGAUUCGAGGCUCAGCGACAACUCGGAUAAACUGCAAUCAUCGAUGUCUCCUUAUCGACGAAUACCAGCGUCGCCACUAUCGAUGAUAAGAAGUCCUACUUAUAUGCAUAUAAAAGAUGGACAUCCGUAUCAUAGAUCUCAGUCACCGAAAAAGCAUUCCAGGAGUAGACAACAACAACAAACGGUGUCCAACAACAACAACAAAUCCAAUGUUUCCCGAUCUUUAGCGUCCGUCAUGUCUAGCACAAGGCGACGACCGGAGACGACAUCGAAACAUAAGUUGACCGCCAAAUCUAUUGGUCAUCAAAAAUUAGACGGCACACCAACAUCUGCUGAAUUAUACAAUGAAUCCGAUGAUGAUUACGAUGAUGAUGACGAAGAAGAGGAAGAAGAAGACGUCGCCGUUUCUCCUGAUAAUCAUAAAUAUGAUAAACAAAACAAAGAUAUUGAAUUUCGUAAAAGAGUUUUGAGUCAAUUGUCAGAAGUUAGACAAAUGAUGGAAAGCGAUCACAUCUUAAUGAUGGAAGACCUGAGAAAACAGCAACAAUUGGAUCAAUAUAUUGAUUGAAUAUAUCAUCAAAUUAUAUAUAUUUUUUAUAU